GCUAUAAGCUCCGAAGUGCGUAGAAGCAGCAAUGUAUUGAAAGGAGCUGUAUUUUGGUGGAUAUAAUCGUAGGGGACUUAUUCAACGGACGGAUUCUUGGACAACAACAGAUGAACUAUGACCUCUCCUUCUGGGAACAACAAUCAUGUAUAUUUUGUUCGACACAGAAGUCCUCGACAAAUAAUUCAACGUUCAUUGAGUGUUGGAGGACCUGUGUAUAAUAGGCAAAUUGUUCAAUCUCCAUCACAAGUGGGCAGCACAUCAUCUUUACUCAUAUCAGCAAGCCCUCCUCAGGCUUUCAGGCUCCCCAUGUCACAGUCUCAACGUUUUUCGCCAUACCCUGCAAAUAGGAGAGCCAGAUGCAACUCAGACGUUGCCCCCUCUGUCAUUGUGAUGCCGAGUGUUAUCCCGAUAAAUUCACGACUUCCAAGAGUCAAUGUUUGUCAAGUUUCAUCUGUGCGAACUAUCACACCAAACACAGGAAUUCGAACAUCACCCAAAGCAAAAGGGGGAGUGCCUGGGAUCAGGCUGCCUGUAAGGAAUGUGACUUCACAUGGUGCUGUGAGAAAAGGAAAUAUUCAGAACCAGCAAUUUCCCAGAGUACGACUCAACGCAGAGAAGAAUCAUAGAGAAAGCGCUGGAAUUCCGUCAUCCAGCUUUUAUAAUGGUGGCACCUCAGGAGAAUCUGAUUUUUCACGUUUCUUGAAAGCAACUUGUGAAGACGUAAAGAAAUCUUUCCCAGCUGUAGCAGUGCCGAAACCAACUACAAGAAAGAGAUUGAAUCUGGCAACUAAGCCUAAGAAAGCUGAGAAUGUUUGCAUCACAAUAUCAAGCGACAGUGAAGACGACGCCCCUGCCCCGCCCACAAAUGUUGAAUCAACUUCUCAAAAUCAAUCUCCACCGGCAACAAGCAAAGAAAGUUCUAUCACCGAAAACGGAGAAAUGCCGCCCAAGAAAAUUUGUCCGGAUGAUACAAUAGAAAAGCCAGAACCUUCUACACCUUUAACCUCAUCAACCCAACAACCAUCACCAAUCUUGAAAUCAGACGAAGCUUUGUCGAAAUCAACAUUAAAUCUUUCUGUAGAUUCAGUGAGGCUCGGACAGAUGAAACUGGUUCCUAAGACUGUACUGAGGAUUUCACAUGAGUCGUUAAGCAUGACAGCAUUCAGCCAAGCUUUACAAAGCAAUGUUAUUCUGACAAUAAAUUGGAAGUGGAUUAUCAGUUGUGACAUUUGCACAGAUAGCAGAGAACCUUGUAUAUUCCUGGUGCUCACACAAGGUUGCCUGCCUACACUGAGAGCGACUUUGAAUAUGGUUAAAGGGAAAUUUCCGUAUUAUGACCCGGAUGGGAAGGAUGACGAAAGGUUGUUUAUCUUUUAUAUCAGCGCUACUUUUCUUUGUUCAAGUACUCAAUGUAAUGUUGAAACUUUAUUAAGAAAAGUGGAAAUAGUUCGUAAAAAAAUGAAGAAACCUUCGUCAUUCUUCCGACAUAUAACUUUCGCUGAAUCAGAAUUGAGACAAAGCAGAGCUGCUGCAAGUAUGGAGACUUCAGUGAGUGAGACUCCCACUCCUACCACCACUCAGCAGGCUACAUCAACCACUGCAUUGACUCCAACAACCACCACCCAAAUGCAGACUAGGAAACGAACAAUACCUGUGAUCUAUGAGAAAAACGAUGAGUCGCCAGAAGAUGAUCUGAAGUUUAUGUUCACUGGGCCAAGGAUAGAAUUAUUUGUUUAUCCUCCCCCUCCCACCAAAGGAGGAAUCUCAGUUAGCAAUGCUGAUCAGUUUUGUUUGAAUGAGGGGGAAUUCCUGAAUGAUGUCAUAAUAGAAUUCUAUUUGAAAUAUGUUUAUGAUAAAUUCCUGUCUCCUUCCGAUCGAGAGAGAACUCACAUGUUCAGUUGUUUUUUCUAUGAACGUUUGAUGCAGAAAAAUGUUCGAGAUAAAUUGAAAAAUAAAGACAUAAGCCCAGCAGAACGCCGUCAUAAUCAAGUGAAGAAGUGGACGAGAAACGUCGACAUAUUUUCGAAGGAUUAUUUAUUUAUUCCAAUAAAUGAAGCAUCACACUGGUAUAUAGCUGUUAUAUGCUUCCCUGGUAUGGAUGCCAGUGAGAUGAUCUGUUUGUCUAGUGAAACCACAGAAAAUAUGGCCCCAAAAAUGCUGAAAACUAAAAAGGAAGAAAAAAAAUGUCAGAAAAUUGCGAAAUCUGAAGAACCGACUAACCAAGGUCCUGAUCCGGCAUCCUCCUUGCCUUCAAGUAUGCAGUAUUUAUCUUUCUAUGGAAAAGAGGAAGAUAGUGAGGGUCAAGGGUCGUCAAUUUCCAGGAAGUGUGACUCAAAAGAUCAAAGUUCAAAUGAGAAUCAAAGGUCACCGAACUCGGAAGAGUCAAGGUCAUCUGAAAGUCACAGGAUUUCACCAAAUCUUGACUCGCAACCUGGUAUACACACUAAUAAACGGAAAAAGUUAAUUUUAAUUAAUUUACCAAAUUUUAAACAUCGUAAAAAAAUAAAACCGAAUUCUGGGCCGCGGCGUGUACCCAUACAUACGGACACUUUGGAAAAUUCUGGCGAACACAAUUUCGGCCUCAGAUCCCCGUGGAAAAGUCCCGAUUGUUCUAAAACUAACGUGACAGACAAAAUAGGUGCAAAAGAUAGUGAUGAAAAUUCUGAAGAACGUCUGAUACCUAUUCAUUUGGACUCUCCAGAGAAUUCAAACAAUCGCAAUAUUUUGCCCAAAUCGCCAUUGAAGAACUGCGAUCAUUUUAUAAAUGGCACGACAGACAAAAUUGAUGCAUUGUCGACAAUAACGAUGGAAUCUUCUCUUCAAAUAGAGAAAAAAUCUUGUGAAAAUGUGGAAUCAGAUAUUGAUGAAAUACAAAGUAGUUCAAAUUCUGGUGACAAAAGCUCUAUACCAUCACCUAGUGGUUGUCACAAUAUUAUUCAAACUACAAUAAAGCAAAACUCUGCAAAAAAUGCAGUCUCAGCAUUGUCAAAUAGUGAUGAUUCAUCACUUUUUAUAAAUAAUGACAUCAGCAUAAAAAGUUCAUCAGAAAAUGAACUUGACGUUACUGAAGGUGAAAAUCACUCGAGCAUGACUGAUUGUAAUUGUGACUCAACAGGCGAUCCGCCCAUUUCCACAAAUGUUUCCGUUUUUUCCCCAAAAAUUGAGCACUCUAGUCAUGUAUUACCUCCUACUCCCUCUGACUGCUCCCUCGCUUCACAAAAUAGGGAGGGGGCUUCCCCUAAGAGCUGUUCUGAUGAAGUAUUCGAACUCUAUCUCUCCCCUGAGCAUAGUAAUGUAACGUUAUCCAAAGAGCUUGAACAGCGAUGUAUCAUCAGUCCAAAUCGUAAAUUAAGGGUUCAGCUCCCUCGUGUGGCCAAUCAAAGCCCGAGAAUAGUAAAACCGAUUAUAAUCAAUAGCACUUCGUCGCUCUCUAGUGACUGUUCGUCUGUAAUUGUUUUAUCGUCAGAUAACGAGACUUUUUUACCCAAAUCCAAGAAAAUUUCUCCAAAAAAAUUGACGUAUGAAAAUGUGCAGCAUAAAUUAUCAAAUAAUGAGCAGUGUAGCGGAACAACGUCAAAUUGUGAAAGUCAGCCAUCUGGAACAUCGAUUGUUACAUCACAAAACUCUAUGAACUCUCCAGCUGAUGAACCUUCAUUACAUUUAGUAUUUGAAACUUCAAGUCAUGAAUUGUCAACCUUUGAACUCCAACCUUCGACCCCGAAACCUGAUACAAAAUCACCACAGACAAGUCCAAGUAAAAAUGAAUCGGCAAUUGAAGAUACCGAAAACAGUGUUCCAACGAACUCAGUCAAGUGCGACAAAGAUUGUUCCGCUGGACUGAACAACGAAACUGCCGAGUCAUCUCCAAAUUCUGCCAUGUCAUCAGAGAUUGGUACUGAAAAGAAAAGUACUCUCACUGAUUUACCAAAACCCAAUACCUCUACCCAAAAAUCUGAAUCAGUAGAUUCUAAAGAAAAUAACGAGACUGAUAAUGUAUCGAAUAAACACUCGAUGGCACCAGAAAAUGGUGCUGAUAAUUCAAAUAAUAACAUUCUAUCAGAAACAAAAUUUAACGACACGAAAGAACACAAUUUAGUGGUAGAAAAUGCAUCCCAACGCAUAGAUGAAAACUCUCAAGCAAAAACAGACAAUAAGA